AUGUUGCCACCAGAAAUAGUUCUCCUGAUCGCCGAAGAGCUGGAUCUCGAGUCAAUCAUCGCACUUUCGCAAACCAGUGCGAGUUGGCGUCGUCUCGUUUCCGAUACCCUUUUUCAGCGAGCAAUACGACGCUCCUGUCCGUGGUUCGAACCCCAGUUUUCGGAUCGUGGCACGUGGAAAGCGUGUGCGAUUGAGCAGGUGCGGCGUUCAAAGCCCGGAGUGGAUAUAACACCGAAACUGAAGACUGUUUCUUCUACUAAAUUCCACGAGUCUCCGGUUCUAGACACCUCUUUUGAACGGCUCGACAAGCGCAAAAUCGCAAACCUCGUUUACACCAGCGAGUACGGAAUCCGCGUGGAUUUAUCAAACACAUGUUCGCAGGAUCUGAUAAAAGACCGCGACCUUCACGGAAAUGAGUACGGAUACGAGCCCGAGGACAGGUACGACUCCAAGGUGAUCUCGUUCCCUCAUAUGCUGGUGAUCAUGGCAGUAUGUGAACCCGAUGAGCGGCCCGAGGGCGAUAUUAUCAUCAAGUUUAAGGGCUCAAAAGGUCUUCAGCCGGACAUGUUUGAAAAAUGCUUCGAAAUGCCGAGUAUUCUAACAUUCGGCGACCAUGUGUUUCUGGUGAUGCCGUCUCUGUUUUCGGGAUGGGCCCUAUUCUAUCUGGUGGACCGGGAGUUUGAGAUUGUGGCCGAAGUCGACGGCUACAAUGAGUCCGUUUCGUACUACGACGGACUUAUUCACUACUUUCGAGGUGGCAUUCACCAUGUGCUGCAACCCCAGCUGGGGAGAGAAGCUGUGUCAGACAGUGCGGGCUCCGGAUCGAUAUUCGAUCUGCUGUUUCUGGGCAAGCGAAAUGAUCACUGGGAUUAUCACUACGCCGUUGUUCCUACUCAUUUGGGAACAUAUAUUGUGGAUGUCAGCAGGGGGUUGAUGGUGAGAGCUGUGGAGGAUGGGAGUGUGUAUAGAGUGGCAGCAGGGACGAGCGGGGAGACGCAACAGAGCGACGUGAGCCAACAGAGCGAUACGAGCCAGCAGAGAGAUGUGAGCUGA